AUGCGAGUGUCCGCCUUUUUGUGGACCGGCCUAUUAGCUGCCCCGGCAGCAAGUAAAUAUAUUGUCCCAGGAGGCAGAUGGCUAGAUACCAACGGAUCCGUGAUCAAUGCCCACGGAGCUGGAAUUACCUUCGACAAGAAAUCUGGUUUGUUCUGGUGGUUUGGUGAAUACAAAACAGAAGAGCAUUCGGAGGGUGGUGGUGUCUCGGUUUAUAGUUCCGAGGACCUGAGUGUUUGGACUCCCGGGGGACUGGCAUUGGCUUUAGCUCCUGUUGAGGGCCACCCCUAUAUUUCUACCAGCAACGUGAUCCAACGACCAAAGGUUGCCUACAGUGCGGAAACUGAAGAUUAUCACAUGUGGUGGCAUGCCGACAACUCCAAGUAUGGCCUUCUGCUCCAAGGUCACGCUGUGUCGCCCAACAUCAGUGGCCCUUACACAUUCAUCGACGCAACUGCACCACUUGGAAACUGGUCUCAAGAUUUCGGCUUGUUCACUGACUACAAAGAUGGUCGCUCGUACGCCCUAUAUUCGAACGGAGAUAGCGUCGAUGGACGCGAUGUCUACAUUGCCAACAUGAAUGACAACCUCACCUCUCUCGAAGAUGUCGUGUAUCGAUUCCCAAAAUUCGAUCUUGAGGCACCUACGAUUAUGCAAACUGAGAAGAGCUACUGGGCACUAAUGAGCCACAAGACUGGAUACAGACCGAACAGUGAGUGCGCGAAGGAACCCGAAACUAUUAAUCGCUUUACUUACUGUUCAGAUGUGGUGGCAUUCCGGGCCGACUCGCUGAAAGGCCCAUGGUCUCAACCAUUCAUCGUUUCGCCUCUCAAUACAAGGACUUUCAACUCACAGUCUGGGUUCACGCUCAGGAUCGAGGGAAGUAAAAAGACCACUUAUCUCUACAUCGGCGACCAGUGGGAUUCAAAGUCCGUCUGGGAUAGUCGCUACAUUUGGCUCCCGAUAAAAACAGAUGAAAAAGCCAAGACUCUCGAACUGGAAUGGCAUGACGUCUACGAUCUGAAUGUGAAAACGGGUGAAUGGAAAACUGUGAAAGGGACCACUUAUCCUGCUAAGAACGCAAAGACAACCGGGGACGCCUACAAACAAGAAGCUAAUUUCGGCACGGACGGCAUAAUCCUGACCGGGAUAUACGCCAAUAGCAGCACAGUCACAUUUGAAAAUAUCGAGGGAUCUGGAAAGCCACAAUGGGUUUCCUUCUACUACCAGACCGGGGGAUCCCCAGACCGUAUUGGUGGCUCGUGGCAGCUUCGGCGCAUCAGCAGCGUGGUUGUGAACGGAGAACCAUCAAGCAUACAGACUUUGUAUCAAAGGGAUACCCACAAGGGAAUCAUUCUUUCCACACCGUUGAAGCUCACACUGAAAAAGGGGAAGAAGAACACAAUUACGGUCGGUGGCUUGUAUAAUGGAGUUGAUCACAAGGGGGCAGACUUGGAUCGGAUCGUCGUUUAUCCUGCUGAGAAGUAG